UAUUUAGUUUGUCUAGUUUCUAGUUUCUGAUCUCUGUUAUACAUAUGGCAUUGUACUCUCUUUUUGUAAUGAAUGAAAUACAGAAUUUCUUCAUUUCUCUGAUAAAUACCAAAUAGAGCAUUGAAAGGAUUUACACAUGCAUCGCUUCCCAAAGUCCCUUUCCAAUACCAGGUUGGUUCCCACUCAGUUCACACUCUCACUCCGUCAACUAAAUGCAAGAUCCAGUAGUCGUUGCCAUCCCAAGAGCGACAAUGACGACAACAUUCAUAGAAGAGAGGACAAUCAAGGUGCGCCUUUACAUCUAUACAAGAGCAAGGGCCAGCACAUCCUCACUAACCCACGAGUCCUUGACUCCAUUGUCCGAAAAUCCCAUAUAAAACCCACUGAUACGGUCCUUGAGAUCGGACCCGGUACCGGGAAUCUCACGCUGAGGCUUCUACAAGCUGCCAGGAAGGUUGUUGCUGUCGAAAUCGAUAAACGAAUGGUUGAGAUUCUCCACAAACGCGUUGCCGAGAAGGGGUUUGAAGAUCAACUCACUGUUAUAUGUAAAGAUGCGUUAAAGACUGAGUUUCCUCAAUUUGAUCUUGUGGUGGCCAACAUUCCAUAUGGAAUAUCUUCGCCUUUGGUGGCUAAGUUGGUAUAUGGGGAUAAACCAUUUAGGAGCGCCACGCUUCUCCUUCAAAAAGAGUUUGCGCGGAGACUGUUGGCUAAUCCUGGUGAUUCAGAGUUCAAUCGCUUGGCGGUAAAUGUGAAGCUGGUGGCUGAUGUGGAGUUUGUCAUGGAUGUAAGCAAAAGGGACUUCGUUCCAUGUCCAAAGGUUGAUUCCUCCGUGGUUAUUAUCAGUCCCAAAGCUGAAAUUCCUGAUGUGAAUCUGGAUGAGUGGUUGGCUUUCACGAGAACCUGUUUUUGUAAGAAAAAUAAGACGCUGGGUGCUACAUUUAAGGGGAAGAGGAAGGUGUUGGAGUUGUUGAGACUGUCCAGAACAACUUGCUCAACCGAAAGUGCCAACAAUGAUGACAAUUAUGACUGCAGCAAUAAUGCUGGUUCUGCUGAUGAUGAUGAAGAAGUGGAUAGUGAUGAAGUAGACUGUUAUUCAUCUUCUUGCUCAGAGACACAAAUGAGUGUGUUCAAGGGCAAGAUCAUAGGAGUUCUAAAAUCAGGUGGUUUUGAAGCUAAGAGGCCUUCAAAGCUGUGUAACAAGGAGUUACUGCAUUUACUUGCAUUAUUCAAUCAAACUGGAAUAUAUUUUCAUGAUCAAUCAAAGCCUAGGAUUAGGGAUGCAGACAAUAUAGAACUUGCUGCAGCUUUCAGUUCAUAGCAAUACUACCUUCCUUUAUUAUUUGUUC